AUGACUGCACGAAAGAAUGUUGUGUUUUUAUUUUUUCUGUUUUUAUAUCAAUUUAAUAUAUUAAAUGCGGAAGACCCUUGUAUUUAUAACUUAAAUACAAAAGGUAUAAUUGAUUUAACUAGUGUUGGCCGUACUGAUGGUACACCUAUGUGGAAAGACGUAACUCCUAGUACAAGUGAUGGUCAUGUAUACUCUUACAAUCCAUGUCAUUCAUUUACUCAAGGUGAAUGUAAAGAUGUUGCUGUAUGCCAAGCAUUUGCUACAGAUGAAAAACUAACUUAUUCAUUAGGAACUCAAAAUAGUAUAAAAUGGAAGACUACUGCAGGUGAUGAUACACCAACUCUUGUUUACACAUCAGGAGAAAGAACAUCAGAAGUUAAGCUACGUUGUUUGACAUCAAAAGAGCCUGACAAAUUAGAAGUACAGGGAUAUGAUGCUUUAAAAGCUCUAUACACUAUGACAUUAUCAUCUAAAUGUGUAUGUUGGGAUGGCUAUGGUCAUCAUCCAAAAUCCAACGAUGGACCAAGUGCAGGAACAAUAUUUAUUAUUAUAUUGCUGGUUCUUAUAUUUGUCUACUUGAUUGCUUUCAUGAGUUAUAAUAAAUUUAAGCUCCAAGCAACUGGUAUUGAAAUUCUUCCGCAUCGUACUUUCUGGACUUCAUUACCAAGAUAUUCAUCGGCAGGAAUAUUAUUUGUAUUUCAUAAAGUAACUAACAAGAAAGGUGACUACAAUGCUAUCCCAUAG